CGCGGCUGAAGAAGAAGAGGAGUCCUUUAAAAGCGAACACGUGUUGUUCUUCCUGCACGGUUGUUUGUUUGUCCGUAGUUUGUUUAUUUCCCGUUCUCCGUCGCUUUAGUCGUCGUGGUUUAGCAGCUGUGGUUGUGAAGAUGCCCAAGCGCUCCUAUCCGUUCAGCGAGAGCUUCUCCUCGCAGUAUAAAGUUCGCGUUGGUCAGAAGGAGGUCAAUAACUGCGGAGCUUCUGGACUCAGAUACAGACAAGAGGUUUAUGAAAAGACCAAAAACCUGCUCUUCAACGGAACCAAAGCCAUGAUGGGUCGACUCUGGAAGGCAGACGGGGAGGAGAAGGCGUCAGACGCGCUCGUGUCCCAUCAGACGCUUCUCCGAGGACAAACACGCAUCGGGCUGGACGGACGGUUACAGAAAGCGGACGCUGGUCCAGGUUGUGCAGCGGCUCCUGCAGCGUGUUGUGUGUGUCAGAGGGUCUCGGGUUCGAGGAAGCCGUGCUCUCAGUGCGACCGUCACGCGUGUGCAGCGUGUUUCCAGCAGUGCAACAUCUGCUCCGAAUGCUGCUGCUCCUUAUGCACCGUCACCGAGUGAGUCAACAACAUUUAUACACUGCUUUUGAUUUCCUUCAGAGAAGUAGUUUGGCCCAAAAUGAAAAU